AUGGCAGGGACACCCACCAUCAUGACCCCCGCAGAGCGCGAAAUCGAGCUGGAGAUCGAGCUGGAGAUUGAGCUUCAGCGACAGCUGCAGAACGAUCCCGCGAGGCAGGUGGACCAAAUUAUAAGCGACUCGAAGGCGGGGACGGCACAGAUGAGGGCGGGGAUGAAAGCCGAGCUGGAUGAGCUGGAAGCGAGGAUGAACGCUGAGCUGUCCGAGCUGGCGGCUAGGAUGAAAGCUGAGUUGGACGAAGCAAAAGCUGGGAUGGAAGGCAAGAGGGAAAACCCGGAGCUGUUCAAGGAGCCGGUGCGUCUGAAUCACAGCCCAUUGACACGAUGUCGACUCUCCUCCCCCAUCCUGCUCCGUAUCCUCCUCGAGCUGGCCCAGAAAAAGGUCCUCGCGCAGCUACUAGGAACUAGUCCUAUCCCAACACCGUCACCAUCACCGUCAACGACAGGCUGCGGCGCUCCCCAACGUCUCGCAGUGAACAUGAACACAAACUCCGGCGUCUUUCCGCUUACCAAUGACCUCUCCGAUGACCUCGCCGCCGACCUCGCCGCCGACCUCGCGGACUUCAUGUACAGUGCCCAUUGCGAGUGGCUUCUUGGCGAUUCACAGGCGUAUAAUAGAACGUUGGGCCAGAUCAGGAAAGCCUUGGACGAGAGAGAGCAUGAUGAGGAUUCGCGCCAUCUUGAGGCGUUGUAUGGAUUUUUGACGAAGUAG